AUGAAGAAUCAUCUUGCUGGAACACACAAUCAAGUUGCUGCGUGUACAAAAGUGUCAGAUGAGGUCAGAGAGAUGUUUAUAAAAUUGUUGAAUGAUAAUGAUCUUGAGUGCUCGAAUGAUAAAGAUUCAAAUAAGGGAAUAAUAGAAAAUCUUCUAGGAAAGGGAAGAGGAGGAAGUAGCUCAACUACCAUGAAACAACCAACAAUAAAUUCCAUGGUGAAGGAUAGAGAUUUGGUGAUUCAAGAUAUUUGUAGAUGUAUAUAUGGAACUGCUUUGCCAUUUAAUCUAGUUAAGAGUCCACUAUUUAUAAAGAUGUUGAAAUCUGUUGGUGAAUAUGGUAGAGAAUGGGAGAGAUUUGGUUGUACAUUGAUGUCAGAUGGAUGGACUGAUGGAAAGGAUAGAUCUCUUACUAACUUUCUGGUUAAUAGUCCUAAAGGGACUGUAUUUAUAAAGUCUGUUGAUACGAGCAAUUUAAUUAAAGAUGCUGAAAAAAUGUUUGAAUUACUUGAUGAAAUGGUGAUGGAAAUUGGGGAAGAAAAUGUUGUUCAAGUGGUGACAGACAGUGCAUCAGCCCUCGUAUCAGCUGGUCAAAAGCUAAUGGAUAAAAGAAAGAAACUCUUUUGGUCACCUUGUGCAGCUCAUUGUCUUGAUUUAAUGCUAGAAGACAUCGGUGGCAUUAUAGUAUUUCAUAAUACUAUUGGAAAAGCAAAGAGAAUUACAACUUUCAUUUACAGGCACACAUGGGUAUUGAAUUUGUUUAGAAGCUUUUCAAAGAAUAGAGAGUUAGCGAGGCCAGCAAUAACAAGGUUUGCAACAUCUUAUUUGACCUUGAAAUCUAUUUUCGAACAAAAGAUUCCACUUCGGUCUAUGUUUGCAUCUGAAAAAUGGGAAAAAAGUCCCUAUGCCACUAGGCCGGAAGCCAAAGUUGUAAGAGAUAUUCUUUUGACUGAUUCAAGGUUUUGGAAGUCCAUAAAGUAUUGCUUGAAAUGUGUGACUCCUCUUGUGAAUAUUCUGAGGCUUGUGGAUGGUGAUUCAAAGCCGGCAAUGGGAUACAUUUAUGAGGCUAUGGAUCGAGCAAAGGAACAAAUUGCAAAGAAAUUCAAUCGUGUGGAGAGUAGAUAUAAGGAUAUAUGGGAAAUUAUUGAUAAGCGUUGGGAUUUACAACUUCAUAGGCCUCUUCAUGCAGCAGGAUAUUAUCUUAAUCCUAAAUUCCAUUAUGAAUCAAACUUUAACCCAGAUACCGAAGUUCAAGUUGGUUGGUACACUACAUUGGAGAAUAUGUGUCCUGAUAUUAUAACAAGGAUCAAAAUUGAUGCCCAACUUGAGAAAUUUUCCAAGGCUGAAGGGCUCUUUGGAAAUACUUUAGCAAUUGCAACAAGAGAUAAAAAGCAACCUGCUUUAUGGUGGAAUAGUUUUGGAGCCGAAUACAAAGAACUACAAACCUUAGCUAUUCGUAUCUUAAGCCUCACUUGCAGUGCUACAGGGUGUGAGAGAAAUUGGAGUGUGUUUGAUCAAGUUCACUCUAAGAGAAGAAACCGACUAGAGCAACAAAGGUUGAAUGAUCUUGUAUUUGUUAAAUACAACCUUCAACUUGAAAUGAGACAAAAGGAAAGGGAGAAAAAAGGAGACACAUAUGAUCCUAUUUGUUUGUCAGAUUUAGAAUCCGACGAUGAGUGGAUUGCAGAACAAGAGGAACCUUGUCUAAUGGAUGGGGACUCUUGGAUGGAUAUCCAAGACUCCUUCAACAUUGAAGAAGGCGACCAAAACAAAAAGAGAAAGAGAGGUCCUCGAAAUCUUCAAGCCGACAGGAAUGAUAAAAGCAAAGGCAUCGUCAUACAUGAGAAUGCUAGUAGGAUUGACUCGCAAAAGGAUACAAGCACAAUCAAUAAUAAGGAUAAAGGAAAAGACAUGUCGAUUGUUGAGCAAGAUAUGGGAGAUGACUCUGAUGAAGAUGUUAAUGAAGAAAAUGAAGCAGUAGUUAUGUUAGAUGCUGAUAGUGAUAGUGAUAGUGAUAAUAUUAGUCCUAUUGAUGAUUAA